AUGUGUGGGAGGGCAAGGUGUACUCUGAGAGCCGACGACAUCUCUAGGGCUUGUUAUCGGAACCAUGGACCCGUCCGUUCUGUUAAUAUGGACCGGUAUCAGCCGAGGUACAAUGUGUCGCCGGGAGCGAAUUUGCCGGUGGUUCGGAGAGGAGACGGGGCAGAUGGUGAAGACGGCGUCGUUCUUCAUUGUAUGAAAUGGGGACUGAUUCCGAGUUUUACUAAGAAAACGGAGAAGCCUGAUCAUUACAGGAUGUUCAAUGCUCGCUCUGAAUCCAUUUGUGAGAAGGCGUCUUUUCGUCGUCUGGUUCCUAAGAGCCGCUGCGUGGUUGCAGUAGAAGGGUUUUAUGAAUGGAAAAAAGAUGGUUCUAAGAAGCAGCCUUACUAUGUCCAUUUUAAGGAUGGCCGGCCUCUUCUGUUUGCUGCUCUUUAUGAUUCAUGGGAGAACUCUGAAGGUGAGAAACUUUACACCUUCACUAUCAUCACAACUUCUUCAUCUUCAGCUUUGGGUUGGCUCCAUGACAGGAUGCCAGUUGUUUUGGGUGACAAGGAAUCUGUUGAUACAUGGCUUGAUGGUUCUUCGGCUUCCAAUUUUGAUAAGUUACUUAAACCAUAUGAAGGGCCUGAUCUGGUAUGGUACCCGGUAACACCAGCAAUGGGUAAGGUGUCUUUUGAUGGCCCAGAGUGUAGCAAUGAGAUAAAAUUGAAGACAGAUGGCACUAAUUCAAUCACAAAAUUUUUCUCAACAAAGGGAACCAAAAAAGAAGAGAUAAACCCAAAGGAUACAAGUUUGCAUGACUCAUCUGUGAAGACUGAGUUUCCAGAAAGCUUAAACGAAGAACCUGAAACCAAAGAGGAGAAGGUGCAACCAUCCUCAACUGUGAAAUGUGAAGAUUCAAAAAGUAGUGUCUCUAUAUUGUCUCAAGAGGAUGCAUCUAAGGAGCAGACGAAGCGGGACUAUGAAGAGUUUUUAGCUGAUUCUAAACCGCUUCCUAAUGAAUCUGAUAAGAAGUCUAGUGCUAGUCCGGCAAAGAAGAAGGUCAACCUGAAGACUUCUCAUGACAAGCAACCUACACUAUUUUCGUACUUUCGGAAAAGCUAGUUCCUUUUGCAUUAACUUCAGACUUUCUUCGUCCGCGCUUCAUGUGUAUGGACACACGGGCUGACAUUUUUGUUAGGUAGAAGUACAUAGAUGGAGCUGUUAUUUUGCAGUCAAC